ACUGCAGACAUAGUACAGGAGAUGACCAGAGACUGCGGACAUAGUACAGGAGAUGAUCAGAGACUGCAGACAUACUGCAGGAGAUGGUCAGAGACGGCAGACAUAGUACAGGAGAUGAUCAGAGACUGCAGACAUACUACAGGAGAUGAUCAGAUACUGCAGGCACAGUACAGGAGAUGAUCAGAUACUGCAGACAUAGUACAGGAGAUGACAAGAGACUGCAGACAUAGUACAGGAGAUGAUCAGAGACUGCAGACAUAGUACAGGAGAUGAUCAGAGACUGCAGACAUACUACAGGAGAUGAUCAGAUACUGCAGGCACAGUACAGGAGAUGAUCAGAUACUGCAGACA